AUGUGGUUGCCGAAAUGCCGAGGGAACUUGAGCACGCAGUCGAGCAAGCGGGAUCAUGUGUGUGUUCUACGUGCACACAACAUCGUGCACCUCAUGUCGGUCAUCGUUGUGACGGAGCUCCCUGGCACGCGGGUCCGUCGCGUCGACCUGGAAGCUCGCGUCGCGCUGCUCUACCAUUUCCUGAAUGGGCAAACACGGUUCCGCCAAGUCGACCCCCUCACAGCAUUUGCCCGAAUGUGGCUGGUGGACUGUCACGUUACGUCGGACGACUUUGAGGAAUUAACAAUUUACCAAGCGCCACCUGCAGAGCAGGGCCAAACCGACCAGUUGAUUAAGCGGCGUGUUAGGUGGGGUGCCAUCCGUGACUGCUCUGCUCUGCCGGCCACCUACCGGGAUCCCCUCCGCAGCUGCUCUCCCGGUCUUGGAUCUCGCCGGUCGCCACACCGUGCUUGCCAGCAGCAGAGAAGCGAUCGAGGCAGCAUGGCCGAGGCGGCGGCGAGCACAAGGAAGCUGUACGGCUACGAGCUGUCGUCCAACUCGGUGCGCAUCGCGGCGCUGCUCAACGAGAAGGGGCUCGACUACGAGCUCGUCGUCGUCGACGACACCAAGGCGCCGGAGUUCCUCGCCAUCAACCCCUUGGGUCAGGUCCCGGCGUUCCAGGACGGCGACGACAUCCUCUUCGAGUCUCGCGCCAUAAGUAGGUACAUCGCGGCCAAGUACCGGUCAACGGGCACGGACCUGCUGCCGGCGGCGCCGUCGGCGAAGCUGGAGGUGUGGCUAGAGGUGGAGUCGCACCACUUCUACCCGGCCGUGGCGGACCUGGUGUACGAGCUCCGCGUCAGGCCCCGGCUGCCGGGCGGCGCGCCGCCCGACCCGGCUGUCGUGGACGGGCUCGCCCGCAAGGUGGCCGACGUGCUCGACGUCUACGACGCGCACCUCGGCGCGGGGAACAGGUACCUCGCCGGCGAUCAGUUCACGCUCGCCGACGUGAACCACAUGGCGCAGCUGUUCGUCAUGAGCCUGACGCCCCGGGCGGCGGAGCUGGUCGCGGCCAGGCCGCACGUGCAGGCGUGGUGGGACGAGAUAUCCGCCCGCCCCGCCUGGAAGAAGACCGUCGCCGCGCUCCCGCUCCCGCCGGCUUGAGGGCGCCGGUGGCAGCCGCAGGAUGUGGAAUAGAGGUGUUUAAUGUUUUAAGCUGGAGCAGAUGAUCGAAUUCCCCAGGAAUGUUGUUGAUGUGAGUGACAUACCUGAACAGCUGACCAUGGUCGGCUAUGAAGUUUAUAACUCAAAUCCUUUGUUUUGGCAAGGCAAUGUGAUGGCUUC